AUGGCUGUAGCCGAGCAUGAUCCCAAGGAAUUCGGGGUCGAAGACCUCGUGCUGCUUACGGAAAUCGACUUGUCAAGUAUUGUUGACAAUUUGAAAUUAAGGUUUUCGAAAAGUCGCAUCUACACCUAUAUUGGGGAAGUUUUAAUAGCCGUUAAUCCAUAUCGAAAUCUUCCCAUAUAUGAAAAGGAUACAGUUGAGAAAUAUAAGGGUCGCGAGAUCUAUGAACGGCCACCGCACGUGUUCGCAAUCGCCGACAGCGCGUAUCGUGCGAUGAAGAGGUACGGAUGGGAUUCCUGCAUCGUCAUAUCGGGAGAAUCUGGUGCUGGAAAAACGGAAACGAGUAAAAUCAUUAUGCGAUAUCUUGCCACCAUUACGAAUCAGCAACAACAGAAGGACAUUGAGCGAGUGAAGAAUAUUCUAUUGCGAUCGAAUUGCAUUCUGGAGUCACUUGGAUGCGCAAAGACAAAUCGUAACGAUAACUCGAGUCGCUUCGGAAAAUAUAUGCAUAUCAAUUUUAAUUUUAACGGUGAUCCUGUUGGCGGCAAUAUCACGAAUUAUUUAUUGGAGAAGUCGCGAGUUGUGAGACAACAAUAUGGUGAACGGAAUUUUCACGUCUUCUAUCAUCUUCUUAGAGGAUUUGACGACAAUCGGCUGCAACAGCUUGGGCUCGUAAGAGAUCCAAAACAAUAUUAUUAUCUGAAUCAAGGCCAAAGUGAUAAGGUAUCUUCACUUGAUGAUGCCCACGAUUUUAAAGAAGUACAACAGUCCUUCAAAGCUAUCAGUACCUUCGACGACAGCGAUAUUGAUGAGUUAUGGUCGGUGAUUGCUGGUGUGCUUCAUCUUGGAACCAUCACAUUUGUCGAUUCGGAGACGUCAAACGGUGAUUGUCAUGUUUCGAACACCGAAGGACUUCAGAAGGCUGCCAGGUGCAUGUCGGUUGCGCCGGAGGAAUUACAGAAAGCUCUUACUUCACAGGUGGUAGCAGCCUGUGGUGAUGUGGUGGCAAAAAUUCAUGAUGUAAACGCAGCCCUCUACACGAGAGAUGCAUUGGCCAAGGCCGUCUACGAACGACUAUUCUCAUGGGUUGUGCAGAAGAUUAACGAAUCGAUAUCUUUCAAACAGAAUUCUCAAUACAACAAAGGAACCGUAAUCGGCGUCCUGGAUAUUUAUGGAUUUGAAAUUUUUGACGUUAAUAGUUUUGAGCAACUCUGCAUCAAUUACUGUAACGAAAAACUACAGCAGCUAUUUAUCGAACUCGUCUUGAAACAAGAACAGGAGGAAUACGAACGAGAAGGAAUUAAAUGGUCAAAAAUCGACUACUUCAACAACAAAGUACGAUCGUCGAUAGACUCAAAUCUCAGUAAAACGUCAAAAUGUGAUGUCGUUCAGAUAAUUUGUGAUCUGGUUGAAAUGCCACGAACCGGAAUUCUUUCCGUACUUGACGAUGCUUGCGCUUCAGUUGGGAACGUAACCGAUCAGGUGUUUCUCAGUGAGUUGGACAAAAAUCUUCAUUCACACAAGCACUACAGCAGUCGUGGAUUGAAACAAUCCGACAAAACUGUGAAACACGACGAGUUCAAAAUUACCCAUUACGCCGGUGAUGUGGCGUAUUCAGUGAAUGGAUUUAUGGAUAAGAACAGAGACACGUUGUUUCAGGACCUGAAGAGGCUACUGUAUAACAGCAAAAGCCGAUUACUUCAGUCGUUAUUCCCGGACGGUUCAAAGUCAGUAACUCAAGUGAAUCGGCGACCACCAACGGCUGGUUAUCUCUUUAAGAAUUCGAUGUCGACCUUGGUGGCUCAGUUGGCCAGCAAGGAACCUCAUUAUAUUCGCUGUAUUAAACCGAAUGAAGAAAAAAGUAGCAUUAUUUUCGAUAUGGAACGUGCUGAACAUCAAGUUCGGUAUCUUGGUCUUCUGGAAAAUAUUCGUGUACGACGUGCAGGAUUUGCUUUCCGAUGCAGCUAUGAGCGAUUUAUCAACAGAUACAAACUGUUGUGUCCUCAAACAUGGCCGAAUCCACGUAAUGGAUCACCGUGUGAGAACUCGUCCAUAAUUCUGAAGCAAAUUGGGCUCGAUGAGGACUGCACUUACGGGAAAACAAAGGUGUUCAUUCGAAAUCCAAGAACUGUUUUUCGACUUGAAGAGUUACGAAGUCAAAAACUUCCAGAAGUUGUCGUCUUCUUGCAAAAAAUGUUUCGCGGUGCAAUUGCUAGGCGACGAUAUAAACGGACAAAGGCCGUCUACAAAAUCAUGGCCGCCUAUAAGCGCUUCAAGCUUCGCAGUUACAUCAUCUACGUCAUUGAUUUAUUCCGAGGUGUACGACAAAUGCUCGAUCUCGGUAAAAACAUCCGCUGGCCGGCACCACCAAUUGUAUUGGCCCCCUUUGUCACCAAACUCCGUGUUGUUCAUCAACGAUGGCGUGCGGCUACGAUACUUGCCACAGUGCCACAACAUUUACGAGAGUCUUUACCUGAAAAACUCGCCGCAUUCGGGGCUUUAAAUGGUAAGCGUGAGCGCUGGGGUUAUUCACAAUCGUGGAAAGGCGAUUAUUUGGCGCUGAGUGAUGAACCCAGCUACAAUCCGUUAAACUAUUGUGAUGCAACUGCAGCUCUUCGUAAAACUCAUCCGUACACAAAAGUUCUUUUCAGCACCUUUUUUCAGAAAUUCAAUCGAUUCAACAAGUCUUCGUUGCGAGUGCUGGUUGUCACCGAUAAGUACAUCGCUAAACUUGACGCGAUUAAAUUCAAACUACUUAAAUCAGUUAUUCCAUUGCAAAAUAUCUUUCGACUAUCUCUGUGCCCGGAACCGAAUGGACUUUUUGUGAUACACAUCGCCGACAACGACAUCAUUGGUUGUUUGAAGAACGGCCGAGAAGAAGAGCGAGUAGGAGAGAUGGUUGGCACCCUCCUGGCUCAGUAUGAGAGAAUGAAUAUGCGACCACCCACGGUGAUUGUCGCCCCGUCAUUAAGCGUUUGCCUUGGCGGAAAAACUCGUGCUGUUCGAAUAUUUCCAGCUGAUCCCACCCAACAAGCUGUCUUCAAGAAAAACGGUAACGAUGUCGACCUUAUAUGUCAUAAUAUGACAGCUGUUUAA